AUGUCCCUCUCUUACGGAUCUUACCAGUUCGAAAGGGAAGAUGAAGACAGACUCCAUGCCCUCGACUUCUACCCCCAAACAUCGGAGCAACUCGCCUAUCCGACACCGUGUUCCUCCCUGCGAGAAGGUGGAAAUGUCUUGCUUCAGGGUUGCCCUUGCAGAAUCAAUAAGCUGUCCUACACCACGAGCCACCGGUCGGCAGUUCAGAUCGUCGGCACCAAUCUCCUCACCGGUGAAAUGCGACAGGACAUCUUCCCUGUGCACGAAAGCGUGUUUGUCCCUCGUGUCCACCAGGAGAAAUACAUCUUCAACUCGUGUGAUCGCAGCGGACGUAUGAACCUUUACAAUGACCAACACGGGCGCAGAGAAGACAUCAGAGUCCCCCGUGGUGAAAUUGGGGCUCGAAUCCGCCAGGCUAAUGAGGAGGGCAGGUCCCUCAUGCUUGAGAUUACCGAGUUUUGUGGUGAAGCCGCCGCCACGAGGGUCCUUGGGUCUGUCAAUGGUCGGGCUAAGCCCGUUCCUCGGCUGCCCUACUGA